GUGUUUUCAACACAUCUUGUUAAUUAUUAAUUUUCGGAGAGAUAAUCAACCUGUUUGAACAUUCAAAUCAGACUGUGAGGUUCCAGUAAAAGUUUGUUGUUUGUUAGAAAGUAACAUCUCAGUGAGGACAGCUUUGAGCAGAGCAUCGGACACAGACAUCCCACUCGAGCUGGACGGGACGACCCACGCAAAUCAGAAAUAAACUGUUGAGGUAAAAUACCAACGAUGUCUGACGGAGCAAAGCUGCAGUGGAGCCUGCUCCUGCUCCUGGUGGUGGAUCAGAGUUGGUUCAUCACAGGUCAGCUUUAUGAGUAUCACUAUAUUAAAGAAAAAAAGAACUGGACUGAAGCUCAGGAAUACUGCAGACACAAGUACACUGAUCUGGCCACCAUCUCCAACAUGACAGACAUGAAGAGACUCAAGAAAUCAGCAAAGAACCAACAAGAAUCUGCCUGGAUUGGUCUGCACAGCCUAAAUAAUACUAACGGCACCUGGCGCUGGUCUCUGCCUGGUCUGGAGUUCAAUGAAAGUGAGAAAAAAUGGGACGAAGGUGAACCUAAUGGUCAAAAUUGUGGAGGGUUAAAGAAAAACCUGAAGUGGUUAGAUAUAUCCUGUGAUGAGAACAGGAGUUUUAUCUGCUAUGAUGAACGAAAAACACAGAGAUUCCAUUUCCCUCAACAACGAAUGAACUGGUCAGAGGCUCAGAGACACUGCAGAGAGAACCACACAGACCUGGCCAGUGGACCGGAACAGUUAAAUGAUACCGAACUACAUAGUCUAGCCGAGAAUAACAGCAAUGACUGGUAUGAUGUGUUCAUUGGUCUGUUCAGAGACACCUGGAGCUGGUCGGAUGGGAGCAGUUUCUCUUUCAGACACUGGAAUAAUCUGGCCGGCAUUACGACGAAAGAGGACAGAUGUGCCGUGAUGAAGGAGGACGGGGAGUGGGAAACUGACGGUUGCAGUAAAGACAAACGCUUUUUCUGUUACGAUGAUAAGGUGAUCUUGGUCCAAGAAAAUCUGACCUGGGAGGAUGCCUUGUACUACUGUAGAGAAAACCACCGUGACCUGGUCUCCAUCACCGACCUCAAUGACCAGAGAUGGGUCCAAGAGAGAGUCAAGAACGCCACCACUGAAUUUGUCUGGACGGGGCUGCGCUACACCUGCACUCUGGAUUUCUGGUUCUGGGUCGGUGGUGAGGUGGUCACGUACCACAACGUGGACUCGGGUGAGAAGGGGGACCGCUGUGACAUGUCUGGAGCCAUGGAGAGAGCUGGAAAACACAAGUGGUUCAAAAUAAAUGACAUGCAGGAGUUUAACUUCCUCUGUUCUGAGUGGUAAACCCACUGUGAACACUGCUGACAUUCAUUUAUUAGUUCUGAGCUUAGGAUUUCUUUGUGUGUGUUGCUGAAAUGAUUUUAGACAUGUAUAAUAAUUGUAACUUAAAGUAGAAAGAGAUCAAGUUUAUUAAAUAAUAGAUGAUGGCUAUAAUAUUUUUUUAGAGAGGUUGAAGUCACAUUUUCUGUGUUUUCUUUGGGUUUCUUUUUUGAUAUCUAGAUGACAGCUGAUGAAGGAUAUUAAUUUCUACAGAUGUUGAGGUUGCAUGUUCUGUGUAGUUUUGUUUUACAGGUGUCCUAUUAAACCACAUAAUUGCUGUUUUCUUUGUUAUUGAUCUGGUGAUGGUUAUGCUUGUAUAAAAUCAUCCAUUUUGGGAUUGCUGUUUUGGAUUUUUGGUGACAACAAUAACCUGCUCUCUCUUAAAUAAAU